ACCAAAGACAAAAGUCGCAAAACAAACGUGCUGUAAAAAGCCAAAAAAGACUCGAAAUCGCAUUUAAAUUAGCGUAAAAAGUAUUUAUAAAUGAAAAAUGGCGGUGCGGCCUCAGAACAUGCACGACGGCGGUAUCGUGGAGCGUCGCCUGCGACCGAUUUACGAUUGGCUAGAUAAUGGGAACAAUAAGAAAGCUCUUCAGGAAGCGGAGAAGGUUCUUAAAAAGACCCCUACUCUGCAGUCGGCUCGAGCGCUCAAGGCCCUAGCACUUUUUAGGUUAGGCAAGGCUCAGCAAGCUCAAGCUCUUCUGGACGAACUGGCAGCCGAAAAGCUGAGCGAUGAUACUACCUUACAGGCCAUGACGAUAUCCUACCGGGAAUCUCAGCAGCUGCACAAAGUGUGUGCACUGUACGAAGCGGCCGUGAAGAUAGAUCCAAACAGUGAGGAGCUGCACUCCCAUCUGUUCAUGUCGUACGUCCGUGUGGGAGACUACCGAGCGCAGCAGAGAGCGGCUAUGGCGCUUUAUAAGUUUGCACCGAAGAAUCCGUACUACUUCUGGGCUGUUAUGAGUAUUGUUCUGCAGGCCAAAACCUCUGAAGACUCAACAAAAAGGGGCAUACUCCUCUCUCUAGCACAGAGGAUGGUCGACAACUUCAUCACUGAAAACAAAAUGGAGGCUGAGCAGGAAGCGCGCCUUUACAUCAUGAUCCUGGAGCUUCAGGAAAAAUGGGAGGACAUCUUGAAAUUCAUUGAAAGUCCUCUGUACAGCCAGUUAGUGCCUGGGUCGAUAUCUCAAGCAUGUAUACCUUAUUUAAAAAAACUAGGCCACUGGAAGCGACUAAACGUACUCUGCAAAGAACUGUUAUUCGACAAUCAAGAUAGAUGGGACUACUAUCUUCCGUAUUUCGAUUCUGUGUUCGAACUGAUGAAGGAGAGUGAUUCUAACAUUGAGAGUACAGCGGACGAUACUGCGGAGAAAUGUCAUGAGUUUAUCUGUCAAUUAGUGGAGAGUAUGACUUCGGGGAGGACGUUGAGAGGGCCAUAUUUGGCGAGGUUAGAGCUUUGGAAGCGUUUGGCCGUAGAUGGAGACCCAACGGCUUUGCUGGGGAGUGGAGUGGCAUUGUGUGAGCAGUAUUUGAGAGUGUUCGCCAACAAGCCGUGUGCGGUGCCAGACUUGAGGCCGUAUUUGGCAAUGUUACCGCAGAAGGAAAGAGAAGAUAGGGCCAGAGAGUUCUUGACUUGCCUGGGCUUUGACGAGAAUAGUGAACCGGAUAACACGGACGACAUCCAACGCCACAUAUCGUGCAUGGCCGCGUGGCGGAUCGCCGCAGCUCCGCUGUCGGCUACCGAGUGUCUGGACUUGGCCCACACGCUCAGGGGACAUUACCUGCGCUGUCUGAGCAAGGGUCUCGUCACAGCUACUAUCACGGAAUUCUGUGCAGCGGAUGGAUAUGGGAUACUGGCUGCACAUCACUAUUUUUAUGCUGCGAUGCAGCAGCAGAGUUCUGCGCCCGUGAUCGAAGCACUAGGUUUGCUGGAGCUAGUCCUGCACCACUCGCCCGCCAAUUUCCACGCCAAGCUGGUCAUGAUCAAGCUGUAUCAUUUGCUAGGCAACGCGUUGGCAGCGGAUAGCAUAUACCAGCGGCUGGAAACCAAACACAUUCAGCUUGUGUCUCUUGGCUGGCUGCACGCUGCACGCCUCGCGCCCGGCGCCGCCUGCGCUCGCGCGUUACAGCUGUUAGCUGACGCGCGCGCCUUCCACGCGCACCACCAGAAGGACAGCGUAGAGCACCUAACGUACGCGUACAAAUACGGAACAUUCGAGAAGCUGGUAGAGCUUCGAGCGUGGGGCGCGCGUCUUGAGCAGUGCGCCUGGAGCGCCUGCGCCGCACGAUUACGGGCUCUAUUGGCGCUAGUAGCCGGCCCACCGGCGCCCUUGCACGCGCCCUGCCGUCUGCCGCCGCGCGCCACCGACAACCGUGAUCUCAACGUAAUAGUCAAUUACGAACCGCCAGAGGCUCAAGAUCCGGACUUAAAAGAGCGCACCUUCGACCAAGACUUAGCCUACCUCCGCCUACAAGACGCCCUUAUCUCCUCCUUAGCUCUGUGCAUAGAAUUAGCUGAAGGUGGACCCUUGGAAGAAAGGACACCGCAGUAUGAAGAGCUCAAGACGUGCGUGGAGGCAUUUAGUAAGGCGAUGGAGAAAUGCAGAGAGAAGUACGCAGUUAGCGAAAAGAUUAGCAUAUCCGCGCCUUUCCCUUCUAGAAUUAUUGCUUUCGUCACGUCGCCAGUGCCAUACCGGGAGUUGUACUCCGACACGGUGUGUAUGGUCGGCGAGCUGGUUGUUGGCCGCACGAGCGAGUCGCACGCCCUCUGCGCGCGAGUUGUGGAACUGUUGGCCAAAGUGCCCGCUUCACUAGCGCCGCCGCCGGAAGCCGCUGAUCAAACUUGGGGCCUGCGGGAUAGGCUGGAAGCGCUGUCUAAUUAUUUGGAGACGGACGACAUCCAACGCCACAUAUCGUGCAUGGCCGCGUGGCGGAUCGCCGCAACCCCGCUGUCGGCUACCGAGUGUCUGGACUUGGCCCACACGCUCAGGGGACAUUACCUGCGCUGUCUGAGCAAGGGUCUCGUCACAGCUACUAUCACGGAAUUCUGUGCAGCGGAUGGAUAUGGGAUACUGGCUGCACAUCACUAUUUUUAUGCUGCGAUGCAGCAGCAGAGCUCUGCGCCCGUGAUCGAAGCACUAGGCUUGCUGGAGCUAGUGCUGCACCACUCGCCCGCCAACUUCCACGCCAAGCUGGUCAUGAUCAAGCUCUACCAUCUGCUAGGCAACGCGUUGGCAGCGGAUAGCAUAUACCAGCGGCUGGAAACCAAACACAUUCAGCUUGUGUCUCUGGGCUGGUUGCACGCUGCACGCCUCGCGCCCGGCGCCGCCUGCGCGCGCGCGUUACAGCUUCUAGCUGACGCGCGCGCCUUCCACGCGCACCACCAGAAAGACAGCGUAGAGCACCUAACGUACGCGUACAAAUACGGCACAUUCGAGAAGCUGGUAGAGCUUCGAGCGUGGGGCGCGCGUCUGGAGCAGUGCGCCUGGAGCGCCUGCGCCGCACGAUUACGGGCUCUAUUGGCUUUAGUGGCCGGCCCACCGGCGCCCUUGCACGCGCCCUGCCGUCUGCCGCCGCGCGCCACCGACAACCGAGAUCUCAACGUAAUAGUCAAUUACGAACCGCCAGAGGCUCAAGAUCCGGACUUAAAAGAGCGCACCUUCGACCAAGACUUAGCCUACCUCCGCCUACAAGACGCCCUUAUCUCCUCCUUAGCUCUGUGCAUAGAAUUAGCUGAAGGUGGACCCUUGGAAGAAAGGACACCACAGUAUGAAGAGCUCAAGACCUGUGUGGAGGCAUUUAGUAAGGCGAUGGAGAAAUGCAGAGAGAAGUACGCAGUUAGCGAAAAGAUUAGCAUAUCCGCGCCUUUCCCUUCUAGAAUUAUUGGUGGUGGUCUCACCACUAGACACAUGCGAUACAUCACACUAUACUCCGACACGGUGUGUAUGGUCGGCGAGCUGGUUGUUGGCCGCACGAGCGAGUCGCACGCCCUCUGCGCGCGAGUUGUGGAACUGUUGGCCAAAGUGCCCGCGGCACUAGCGCCGCCGCCGGAAGCCGCUGAUCAAACUUGGGGCCUGCGGGACCGGCUGGAAGCGCUGUCUAAUUAUUUGGAGCUGGUUGUUGGCCGCACGAGCGAGUCGCACGCCCUCUGCGCGCGAGUUGUGGAACUGUUGGCCAAAGUGCCCGCGGCACUAGCGCCGCCGCCGGAAGCCGCUGAUCAAACUUGGGGCCUGCGGGACCGGCUGGAAGCGCUGUCUAAUUAUUUGGAGCUGGUUGUUGGCCGCACGAGCGAGUCGCACGCCCUCUGCGCGCGAGUUGUGGAACUGUUGGCCAAAGUGCCCGCGGCACUAGCGCCGCCGCCGGAAGCCGCUGAUCAAACUUGGGGCCUGCGGGACCGGCUGGAAGCGCUGUCUAAUUAUUUGGAGAGGAACUGGCUUUCCUACCUCCAACUACCGGAACAGAACAAUGCUAUUAACGUCGUUCUUAUGGCGACAGACUUAGGUGAUGGUCUUAACACUAGGCACAGCCGAUACAUCAUACUAUACUCCGACACGGUGUGUAUGGUCGGCGAGCUGGUUGUUGGCCGCACGAGCGAGUCGCACGCCCUCUGCGCGCGAGUUGUGGAACUGUUGGCCAAAGUGCCCGCGGCACUAGCGCCGCCGCCGGAAGCCGCUGAUCAAACUUGGGGCCUGCGGGAUAGGCCGGAAGCGCUGUCUAAUUAUUUGGAGCUGGUUGUUGGCCGCACGAGCGAGUCGCACGCCCUCUGCGCGCGAGUUGUGGAACUGUUGGCCAAAGUGCCCGCGGCACUAGCGCCGCCGCCGGAAGCCGCUGAUCAAACUUGGGGCCUGCGGGACCGGCUGGAAGCGCUGUCUAAUUAUUUGGAGCUGGUUGUUGGCCGCACGAGCGAGUCGCACGCCCUCUGCGCGCGAGUUGUGGAACUGUUGGCCAAAGUGCCCGCGGCACUAGCGCCGCCGCCGGAAGCCGCUGAUCAAACUUGGGAAUGGGUAACUUGGGGUCACGAAAUUUUACAUGCUCGGCGACCGGACUUUAGAGCAGAUGGUGGUCUUACCACUAGACACAUGCGAUACAUCAUACUAUACUCCGACACGGUGUGUAUGGUCGGCGAGCUGGUUGUUGGCCGCACGAGCGAGUCGCACGCCCUCUGCGCGCGAGUUGUGGAACUGUUGGACAAAGUGCCCGCGGCACUAGCGCCGCCGCCGGAAGCCGCUGAUCAAACUUGGGGCCUGUGGGAUAGGCUGGAAGCGCUGUCUAAUUAUUUGGAGUUCAUAGGAAUAGCGACGUUCCUCCUAGGCGUUUGCAACGAAUGCAUGGCCCCGGCCAACACUAAGAAGUCCAAGAAAAAAACCAAUCGCUCCCCAGACGAGAUCAAAACCGUCCAACUCCUCAACAAACUCAACGAAGCAGUGCAAGAAUCCAUCACCUUCCUCGAGGAAUCCUUUGAGAAACUCCCCGAAUACAACUAUCAAAGCACACUAGAAGAACAAUUCUCCAAACUGAACAUUAGCAAAUACCAAAGUCCGGUCGAGAACAAACUCAAAAACGGCAGGCAAGACAUGAUAAAUGAUGUGAGGAAUAUACUGAAAAAGAAGUCGAAAUACUUGAAGAGUUUAAUCCAAUAGUGGCCUUCGGUGGUGCGUGUAUUUUAGUGCAGAACACAAACAUAUCCUGUAAAUAAUGUGUGUAGUUUUCUUUUUAGAAUUGGCGGUGGGGGGUUAUAUGAGGCCUUGAGUAGAAAAUCUAAAAUAGGGAUGUUUCCUGGGUAAAAAGCAUGAGUUUGUAUUAGUCCGUCAGUGAACUUAUCAAAAAAUACUCGACACGUAUUUUUUACUUUUUCAAAUUAAUGAAAAUUUUACGAUAGCGCACGGACUAAAAGUUUCUUCAGGAAACUAUCCUAUUGUCAUAAUUUGUAUGUGGAUAGUUGUCUUUCAGAUUUAAUGAACGGCCUUGGGAUUUAAUUAGCUGGCUAAUUUAACCAAAUGGCUGCGACACAUAAUAUCGUUAGGCAUCAUUUACGCAAACAACUAUUGAUGAACAUCAAUGGUUUCAUGAACUUCUCAUGUACAGAAGACAGCACAUCAAACUUGACACAGUGACAUCUUACUUACUUGUAAUAACUACAAUUUAUUAACAAAAGUGUAGUCAGAUGUACUGUACAAUAGGUUAAGGCUGGCCUAACCUUCAUAAAAUUUUGUUCUUUGAGUCAUUUAUAUUUAAACGAUUUAAACCCAUAAUACCUUUUCCCGGCUUACACAACAAUUUGUAAUAUAAUAUAGCGUAAUAUUGCUUAAUGUCAAUAUCCUAUGGCUGAUAAUUAUUUGAUUGCACUGUUACAGAGUUCUGCUCGUCUAACGAGUGUGCGGCAAGCAUAUGAGUUGGGAUUCGAACUCAAAUCAAUUAAAUAUGCACCUUAUGCAAACGGCAUUUGGUCUUAAUUUACAAUGUAUAAAUUGCCACGAUACCGCAUCGUAAAAACUUGCUGUAAAAGUCUUCAGAAAAUGUGUAUUUAUUUUGUUUAAAAUGGUUAUCAGUUCAUAUCAUGAAAUGUUCUUGCAAAAUAAGAUCCUAUUGUAAUAUACUCAAGGCCUCAUUUAACCAAGUGACUCGAUGAAAGAUUUUAAUCGGUUUUGCAAUAUUUGCAAGUGAGAGGAUCGCGUAUUUUAAUAGAUCGACUUUAUUUAGCGCUAAAAGAUAUAAAAAAAUAAUCAAAAUGUAUAAAACAUAUUUUAUCUUUUGCAAGA